AUGUGUGAAGAUAAGGAAGAGGCUCGAAGCGAGGCGGCGGCGGCGGUCACUCCGAAACGACUUUGUUGGCCGAAGCGACCCCCUGCCCCCCUGCCGGACACUAGAGGGCUUUGUUGCGCCAAACUACUUAGGAAAAAUGGAAAGGCGAAAAAGGUAUUACUUUUCCCCGAGGAAGGUUGGGCUCGUAGUGCCUCUUCGUCGUACUGGACGCUGCAGCCUUGCUGGUGGCGGCGGUCACGGUGCAAAGUGGUCGAAGUAGCCGGCACAAGAAGGCAUAGCACUCAUGCGCGAAUGGUGGUAAGCGGGGUCAAUGCGGUGUACAUCGUUGGCACUUUCAAACAUCUUGGCACUGACGCCGAUUUUAAGUUAUACCUAACCACAAACGUCACUCAAGCUGACUUCAAUAUGGGCUAUACGAUGACGGGUACUCUGGAACGUGGCAGUCGCUCCACUAAUAACUUCCAAGUGACACACUUUGCCGUCCUGCGUCGAUGCGAUCACGAAUCGCACCACCUGAAAAACACUUAG